AUGUCCAGUCUACUCGCCAGCAUUUGGCCUUCGUCGCCAGGCCAGGCAGUAGAACUGCAGGACGACGUUGACUCCACCGAGAGACUGCUACCAGAUACACCGACCGGAGAGGGCAAAUGUGAAUUACGGAUCGAAGGGAUGACGUGUGGGGCAUGUGUCGAGUCGAUAGAAGGAAUGCUUCGACAACAGCCUGGGAUUCGGUCAGUCAAGGUGGCCCUGCUCGCUGAACGAGGUGUCGUCGAAUACGAUCCGUCCGUAUGGGACGCCGACAAGAUCAUCAACGAAAUCUCUGAUAUUGGCUUCGAUGCUACACUCAUACCGCCCGCCCGCUCCGACACCAUCACCCUCCGUGUAUAUGGCAUGACCUGCCCCCCAUGUGCAUCGACCGUCGAGAACACACUGUCCGCUGUUCCCGGGGUUUCGUCGGUCUCCGUCUCUUUAGAGCUUGCUACCGCCCAGGUCACCUUUGACCGUGCGCUGAUCGGGCCGAGGGAGAUAGUCGAGCGAAUUGGGGACAUGGGGUACGAUGCGAUGCUUUCAGACGAGAAUGAUGCCACUCAGAUCCAGUCACUCACACGAGCGAAGGAAGUCAUGGAAUGGAGAUCGAGGCUCGUUUGGAGCGCCGUUUUCGCUGCCCCAGUAUUCUUCCUAUCAAUGAUUGCCAUGCGCAUCCAUUUCUUGGACCCCCUUAUGCACGCACGCGUAUUCGAAGGACGGGCCCUGUUUGUAUCGGAUGUGCUCAUCUUCGUCCUGACGACUCCAGCCCAAUUCUGGGUCGGUGGUAAAUUCUACAGGAAUGCGUACAAGUCUCUUAAACAUGGUUCGGCGACGAUGGACGUCCUUAUCAUGAUCGGCACCUCUGCGGCAUAUUUCUACUCUGUCUUUGUCCUUAUCGCUGGAUUCUUCAACACCGCGCCGGAUUUCCGCCCAUUCGUAUUCUUCGACACAAGUACCAUGCUGAUAUUCUUCGUCUCGCUGGGGCGGUACUUAGAGAACCGUGCCAAAGGUAAGACCAGCGCCGCUCUCACGGACCUUAUGGCUCUAGCACCAAGUAUGGCCACCAUCUACACCGACGCACCGGCUUGUACCCAGGAGAAGAGGGUUGCCACGGAGCUCGUCCAGGUUGGAGAUAUUGUUAAGCUCGUUCCUGGUGACAAGAUACCCGCUGAUGGCACGGUGCUGCGGGGGUCAUCUACUGUGGACGAGAGCGCUGUCACGGGCGAAGCCCUCCCUGUCCUCAAACAGGUCGGUGAUUUGGUCAUCGGCGGUACUGUCAACGGCCUAGGCACUUUCGACAUGACAGUCACACGCGCUGGCAAGGAUACCGCUCUCGCUCAGAUCGUCCGUCUAGUUGAAGAGGCGCAGACAUCAAAGGCUCCCAUUCAAGCAUUCGCCGACCGCGUCGCCGGCUACUUCGUUCCAACCGUCAUCUCCCUUGCGGCCCUUACGUUCGUUACGUGGAUCAUCGUCUCGCAUGUCGUGAGUGAAGAUAAGCUUCCCACCAUGUUCCAUAGGAACGGCGCCACGCGGCUAGCUGUCUGCUUGCAGAUGUGUAUCAGCGUGGUGGUCAUUGCUUGCCCGUGCGCCCUAGGCUUGAGCACCCCAACGGCUAUUAUGGUUGGGACCGGCAUGGGGGCGAAGAAUGGCAUCUUGAUCAAGGGUGGACGCGCUUUGGAGGCAAGUAAGAAUGUCAAGCAGAUCGUCUUCGACAAGACGGGCACUAUCACAGUGGGCAAAUUGAGUGUUGUUGGGCUGUCUUGGGUAGGAAGAAGCGGGAUGGGCGACAACCGGGAGAUGUACGGGGGAGACGCCACUCUGGAAGGACUCUGCGCAGACGGCAAGACGGAAAAGAAAGUCGUUUUAGCGAUGCUAAGUGCUACGGAGGCGAGGUCGGAACAUCCUCUCGCAAAGGCUAUAGCUACGUACGGCAAGGACCUCCUUCGAGGAACCAUCGGUCUACCGACCACCGACAUCGUACAAUUUGAAAGUGUCACCGGUGCUGGUGUGAAGGCAACGAUUUCCGUCGCCGAUAAAUCUCAGGGAAAGAAAAACUACGAGGUUCGCAUUGGAAAUGCAAGAUUCGUUACGCAGACCGACGACGGCCAACUUCCCACAUCACUUGCAACAUUUGAAGAGCAAGAGACUUCCAUGGGCAGAAGUAUUAUAUAUGGCUCUGUUUCGGGAACGUUGGUCCUCGCAGUAUCGCUAUCGGAUGCACCAAAGCCUAGCAGUAGGUAUGCUAUACGGGCGCUGGAGGACAUGGGUAUCGAGGUACACAUGAUGACUGGUGACGGGAAGGCGACAGCGCUGGCAGUGGCGAAGCAGGUUGGCAUACGGCCAGAGAAUGUGUUGGCUGGUGUUAGCCCUGGUGGGAAAGCGUCCAAGAUCAAAGAGAUGACGGAGAAUGGUACCGGCGGUGGUGUCGCUAUGGUGGGUGACGGUAUCAACGACUCACCAGCCCUGGCUGCAGCUACUGUCGGUAUUGCGUUGUCAUCUGGAACAUCCGUCGCCGUCGAAGCUGCCGAUAUCGUGCUCAUGCGGUCUGAUCUCCUGGAUGUUGUAGCUGCCCUCCAUCUCUCUCGAUCCAUCUUCCGCACUAUCCGACGCAACCUUCUCUGGGCAUGCAUCUACAACGUCCUCAGCAUCCCCCUCGCCAUGGGCUUCUUCCUGCCGUUUGGGCUGUACAUGCACCCGAUGUUGGCGGGCGCUGCGAUGGCGUCGUCUAGCGUUAGCGUGGUCACGAGCUCGUUGAUGCUCAAGUUCUGGGUCAGGCCCAAGGACAGUAUCAUGCCCCAUGAGAAGAUGCAGAACGCGAGUGAAGAGAGCGGGAUGAAUUGGAGCGGGAUGUUUAUGGACACUGCAAGGAGCGCGAUCGAUGGAUUCCGUGGCGUUAUGGGUGGCGCAGACAGGUCAAGUAACAGGGAGGGGUAUGUGCCGCUGCCUGUUGAGAUGUCGGCGAGCAAUAGAGUAUGA